GGUGUUUGAGAGAUUUCCAGAUGUUUUAUUACAUCCAAACACACACAGCAGCACCUCCCAGGCCUCUGGUAGAUAACAUAGGUAUUAGGCUUGUUAUCUAAACCGCUUCCUAUAGGUGUGAAUCUUAUUGAUGUUUUAAUAAAGUUAUCCACAGUCGAAUAUGAAAGAAAAAAAAAAAAAAAAAAAACUAGUCCACACAGCAACAAGUAGACUGACCUGUAAAAACAGAACCGUUAUCCACGCUAGAAUAACUUCCAGUAAGUGGAUAAUAGCCGAGAUGACCUGGCCCAUAUUUAUACAGGGACGAUAUAUAAUAGAAUGGCAGCAGACUGUAAAUUUAGAUAUCAUGUGAAGUCGUCUUACCGCUGACAUUAUGUUGACAUAUUGCCUCUCAGGUGGUCUCUCGGCCAUAGGGAUACAGUGGAUAUAUGGUAGACAGUACACCAGCUGCCAUCUACAAUGAGUCAGGCAGGCCUGUAAGAUACACAGGACAGCAGCAGCUCUGCCUCACAGCAACAGUGUGCUAACAUGGAAAAAAAAAAAAAAAAACAAGAAUGCAUUUUUUUUUCUUGAAGAGCAAAAGCAGAGGCCCUCCCUUCCUUCCUGUGGCUGCUGAGUAAAAGAAGAAUUCACCUGUUUUAAGUCUCCUGCAUCAGCAUUUUCCCCCCCAAAAAAGUCGAAUUUCAGAGACGAAGCUCGACGUAGUGAAAGAAAAAGAAAAUGUUUUUAAUAUGAAAUAUAUAGGCUGCCUCUGUAGCUGGUGAGAUUUCCAUUCUUCACAGAUCUUCAUAGUUUCACAGUUCGUGUGUUUUUAUAGAUAGUUGCAGGUUUUCUGCACAUUUAAAAAAAAAAAAAAAAAAAAAAAAUCCUCUGGGGACCUCCCUUGGAUGCUGACCCCCGCACUAUAAGUGUUCCCCAACAGACCCUGCAAAACUGAAGUCCAAGUCCGGGGUGAAUCCCAGGUCACUGCGUCUAACAGAUAUGAAAAUGUCGCCUCUUUGGAGAAGGGGCACGCCUUGUUGUUUAACAAAGACUGUCAAUGGGCAAGAUUAAUCAGAAACAAAAUGGAAACGGUGUCACUUUGGGGUCAGGCAGAAGUUAUCUCUGUUUAGGGGAGAGAAUAGAAUAGAGGGGACCAGGGGGAGAAAAAAAAAGAGAAAAAAGAGUGCUUUCAAUAUUUCUGAAGUUUGGCCUCUUGUUUCUGCAGGCAGAGGCCUUGUUGACGUGGACAGUGUGGAUCCGCUUUGUGAAGAGCUGCUGCAUCUUCAAGGGACACAGAUACAGUGAGCCACCUCGGACAUGGAGAGGAAACAGGACCUGGACGUGACGGCUGGUGGCGAGGAGCACGAAAUCCAGCCAAGUAAAUUCAGGCCAUCGCGAGGUCUCCGAGACACCUUGAACUGCCUUCGGUUCACCCGAGGAGGCCAUUGGCGGAGAGGCGUCACGUGACCACGGGGUGCCAAUGUUAUUCUACAAGGGUGUCAAGACCCUGUCAGUUUCUGAAAUAAAUAUUGGGAAACGGCGAGAUGCAAAAGGCAACCUACUACGACAGCUCCGCAAUUUACAGUGGCUACCCAUAUCAAAGCGCAAAUGGCUUCAGUUAUGAUGCCAAUCAGGUCCAAUAUCCCCGGGCCUCUCAUGUGGAAAGUGAGUACCAUCGACCUGCCUGCUCCCUGCAGUCUCCUGACGGCUCCGUGGCGCUGCAGAAGCCGGGGGAGAUGGCGGAGAGCUGCGACAGGACCACAGCCAUUCAGGCGGCGCAGUCUAAGGUUCAUCCCGAAAGCAAUCAACCGCAGGUGCCGGUGUCAGGCCCACCCCCUCCCUCACAAUCCCCCGGUGCUAUCAGCCAAAACACGAGCAACGGGUCCAACCAGCCCAGUGCCAAGAACGGCUCCCCGACCUCUGGCGCUCGCAAACACAUCUUCCCCUGGAUGAAGGAAUCCCGUCAGAACACCAAGCAGAAACCCACCAGUAGCUCCAGUUCAGUGGAGAGUUGCCCCGGAGACAAGAGUCCACCGGGGUCAGCAGCAUCGAAGAGGGCCCGGACAGCUUACACCAGCGCCCAGCUAGUGGAGCUGGAGAAGGAGUUCCACUUUAACCGGUACCUGUGCAGACCCCGGAGGGUGGAGAUGGCCAACCUGCUCAACCUCACCGAGAGACAGAUCAAAAUCUGGUUCCAGAACCGCAGGAUGAAAUACAAGAAGGAUCAGAAAGGCGUCGGAAUGAUGCCUUCCCCUGGCGGACAGUCCCCACGGAGUCCCGUGGGCCCAGCCUCCGGUGGUGGCAGCGGUGGAGGAGGCGGAGGAUACCUCAACUCUAUGCAUUCUCUUGUAAACAGUGUACCUUAUGAAUCCCAGUCGCCGACGUCUUACAAUAAACCUCAUCAAAAUGCAUACGGUAUGGCCACGUCAUAUCCCCCUCCUUUGAACAGCUCCCUCAACAACUGCCCGCCCUCCCAGAAGAGGUAUCCCGGGACCGACUCGGCCACGCCCGAGUAUGACGCGCAUCCUCUCCAAGGCAAUGGCAACUACGGGACGCACAUGCAGGGCAGCCCCGUUUAUGUCGGCGGAGGUUACAUCGACUCAAUGCCCAAUUCUGGGGCCUCCGUUUUCGGUCUGACCCACCUCCCGCACCCGCCGCCCGCGAACAUGGACUACAAUGGAGCAAUCACAAUGGGCAACAGUCAGCAUCACGGAGUGUGUGAUCCGACACCGACGUACACAGACCUAACGCCGCACUACUCUCAGGGAAGAAUCCAGGAAGCGCCUAAACUGACGCAUCUGUAGCGGUGGCGCUGCCCGGAUCACUCCGCCCAUUGUCUUACCCACCUCCAGACACAUUACUGCUUUGUUUCUGCGCCUCCUCACGGCUUCCACCUUCUCUCUGCUUUUGUUUAUGUUUUCUAUAGUUUGAUGUGUGAAGUAGCGUAGGAUAAAUAAUCACGACUUGCUUGAAUUUUUCUCUAUUUGCUCGUGUCAUUGUCUCACAAAGACCUUUAUCUGGGCUGUAGGACGUCUAGUGCGGGAGGGAGGGGGGCACAGUAUAUGCAUAGGCCUAUUUAAUCUUUUUUUUUUAAAAUCUUGUUUUAAUAUUGAAACUCAAACAGGGUAUUAUGAACGUAUGUUAUUCAUUUUAAUGUGAAUUUGUCCGUCUUUUAUUUAUCCGCAGUUGAAGAAUUGUGUUUUGCAUUUUGUUGCACUUGUGAAGCCACGAGCUUGGAUUAUGAGGGAAAAAAAAUAUUUUUCAAAAAACAAGGGUCAUGAGCUAACACGCAACCUCCCUUGCUUGUGUUUUGUUCUAUUGGACUUUCUGAUGUUAUUUAUUUUUGUUUUGGUGUAAAGAUAAAAUAGUCCUUUAGUAUUAUUUGACACCCCUGCAUCUUUGUGUGGGGAGAAGGUUGGUGCAUAUUAGCGUCUCGGCCCUUUUCCAGCCCCAUACAUGUAGUCUACUCUGCACAAGCUCCCAGCAGCAGCAGCAGCAGCAGCUCACCAUGUUGCUAUUAUAGCCUAUGUUUCCAUAUUUUUUCUUCUUCUUCUUCGAGGAGGUGUUUUAUUUUCCCAGCGAAUGUAAAGUCAAUCAGUCAUUGCAAUAAGGGUGGAAAGAAGGACACACGUUAGCAGUUUCUUUAUUGAAGAAAAAAAAAAGAAACAGACAUCAUCAAUUUUUUUUUCUCGAUGUCAUACAUUCCAUGCUGCUCCAGUUCGAAGAAAUAAAUAAAAGAAUUGAAAUAUAA